AUGUUUAGGAAUCCCCGAGAGGUCGCACCUGACCCCGUAUCUUCAACAUUCAGUGAAAUACUCAACCCUCUACCGGUUAUAUCGUGGGGACAGCUUGCCAUGCAUUAUUUGGGUGUCCCAAUUGGAGCAGGUUAUCACAUGUUUGUUUUCCGAGAAGAACAUUAUCAGGCGGCGAUUCAGAAGCUGAAAGACUCUGGAUUCCCUCAAUCCCCUCCUGAUCGCCGACCCGCCCCUGAGAUUCUGGAAUCUCUCCCAAAUCCACAGGCUGCCCUUGAUGAAAUUAAUCGGGGCUACGAACGCCUAGACCGCUGUUGUGCGUCGUUCCAGGUUCCACCUCACCUUCCGUUGAGGGGGGACCAAGUCUUCUUAAUCCCCAACUCCUUUGCGCAUUUACCAUUGGAAAACCUCGACAGUUCGUAUGAAGUGUAUGGAAACUUGUUCUACCCGCUUGAAGAGGCAUUGGUUGAGAGCUUUGUCAAAGCAGUCAUCGAUGCGAGUGAUGAGGCUGAAUGUUCGUCGUGGCACCUGCUUCUCAACGCUUGGAUCGCAAUGAUGCGAGGCUAUCUCGAAGUCAACAAUGAUAUCCUUGACGACUGUGCAGAUGAGCGCGCAGUAGAAUGGUACAGCACGCACUUUGGUCGGAUUCGCGAAGCCGAGCACGGUGCAUGGGACCUCCGGGUUUCAAAACGCCUUGGUUCUGGAAGAGAAAUGACACAUGAUAUGAGGGGAACCCCUCUUCCCUGA